UCUCUCUCUCUCUGUCGCCCCUCACUCUCUUUUCCCCUCGGGCCCUGUGUGAGGAGCGUUGCAGCAUCAGUGCUUGUUUUCAAGCCCUGUCUCUUCGCUGCAAACGUGAAUGAACUGAGUACUGAUGAAAAUCACUGUUUUCGCCGCUUCCGUUCGCUGGAGACAAGCCGACCCAGAGACGAAUCGAGUUCACUCUAGUAGUCUAACACUCGCUUUUUUUAAUCUCCAUCUCCAAUUCAGGAGGCAUUUCGGAACCGGAACAACCUACAAGUGACUUGAUCACUGACCGAAAUGCAACGCCGACUGUUACCGGUUUGAGAAGAAGGACUGCAAUCUUAAGUUUCCGGGAUAAAUAAUUGCUCUCCUGCACGUGUGACACAAACACUUGAUGAUCGCAGCUGAAAGGAAACUAAGAGCUUGUUUGGUCCCUGCCACCUGUGUGAUGAACUCCAAAUGACAUCUCCUCCAGGGUGUGUCUCUCUCCCUGGUGGAGCCAUGCUGCUACUUUAGGGGUCUUUGGGGGGGUUGCCACGUCACAUCAUGAAAGGCUACACCCCCCACCGCACACGUCACCUCUCCGACUGUGACCCUCCUCACUCACCCUCUCGCCUAGAUCCAUUGUACCCACCCUCAGCAAGCUCCACCCUCUCGCGUCAACCCUACAUUGUCCCUUCUUCCACCAUGGAUCACUAUGGAGCCCUGGAGCCCCAUCAUUUCUCCAAUUCACCCAGCUCAGGUGGUCUUCCCCCAGACUGCCUGAUGCCCCUCAGCAACCAGCUGUCCACCAGCAGCACGUUCCCACGUAUCCACUACAACUCCCAUUACGAGCAGGGUGACUAUUCACCUCCAGGUGGAGACAACAUCGGGGGCAUCAGCACAGGCACACUGGGUACCUCUAUGUCCAUAGGCAUGGGAAUGAACAUGGGACUUGGAGCAGGACGCACAACCAUGAUCACCAGUGGAUCUGCUACCAUAUCAGGUGCAGGGAAGAUGAACCGGUUACCAGCGAACCUCCUGGAUCAGUUUGAGAAGCAGUUGCCAGGGCAGAGGGAUGGUUUCAGCACCUUACAAUUUCAUCGUAGUACAGCUGUGGAAACAACUAAACAGCAGCAGCAGCGCACCGAUAGCCCAGGAAAGAUCCGCUAUCUGGUCCAUUCUGUGCAGAAACUCUUCGCCAAGUCACAGUCACUAGAAAGCUCAGCUAUGAAGGGUAACAUGAAUGGGCGCUCAGGAAGCAGCGCCAAUGAGGACAAACACCACCGGCGCAGUAAAAGCAAAGACCGUGCCAAGAGUGAGGGCACUGCAAAACGGCGUCCACGCUCCAACAUGUCUGGCUACUGGAGCUCAGAUGACCUGGACAGUGACAUCAUUAACUACAGGAGCCCUGUGGCAAUGAUGACUCUGGGUCGUCAGAGCUCUGCAUCAGGGUCAGCGCUGGAAAGCCAAGUGAAUUCAAAGUACUUAAUGCAAGGCUACAACACCAUUAGUGAGCACACACUGAAAGCCUCAAAGAGCAGCAAUGACCUGAAACACCAGGGCCUCCUUGCACUCCCAGGUCCUGGUGGAGGAGGAGGGGGAGGAGGAGGAAGAAUGGCAGUUGUGGAAGGGAAUUAUGGGAAGGGUGGGCCCUGGUCCACACUCACACUGGCUCCCAGUAGGCAGUUGUGCCAGAAGGGCUCAGCCACACUGGAUCGCACCCUACUCAAGUCCAAGUCAUGUCAGCAGGAGCUGGCCUGCCAUUAUCUCCAGGUGCGAGGCAGGAUGCCCUCUACAGGGGAGUGGAGUGGGACUAUUGGUCGAGGCGAGAUCCCAUGCAGACGGAUGCGCAGUGGUAGCUACGUAAAGGCCAUGGGGGAUCUGGAGGACAGCGAUGACUCGGAUAGCAGCUUGAAACCCUCACCAAAAACUGCUGCGCGCAGACAGAGCUACCUACGUGCGACCCAGCAGUCCCUCAGUGACCAGUUCCCUUCCAGAAACCGUCCGCUGGACUACUCGAUGCUCCAGGGGGAUCUAGAGGCCCUAUGGUCUCCCCUCCACAGCAUUGCCACUCUGCAGCAGAUCGGACGCUCCGUAAGUUGUCUUCCAUCUCUGCGAGAAUUCUCUGGGAAUCGCAGUGUGGAUAAUUUGGACUGUAUCGGAGGUUCCGUAAGCUCAUCAUUCCCACGCUGGGAUGAUGACGACUUCAGUCAGGGCUGCAGCACACUUGGACGUAACAGCUGCAUCAGCCAGAUGCGGGACUCAGAGUUGAACCAACGCUAUGGAGAAGACUCCUGUUCAGAAUCUGUGUUCGGAGAGAUGCAUGCACUUACACGCUCUCACUCGAGGGCAGAAGACCCUGAUUUGCCCACCUGCUUUCGUUCCCGAAGCCAUAGUUACCUCCGUGCCAUCCAAGCUGGCUGCUCCCAAGAUGAUGACACUGCAUCACUAGAUUCAGAUUCACCACCACCCACUGCUACAACUGUACGAACUUACAGCACCAGCACCGUCUCAACAUGUAUAACAACGUGUAAGAAGAUAGCCCCACCCCCUGUCCCUCCCCGCAAUUCCAACUCCAAGCCCUUCAUUUCAGUGACUGUGCAGAGCAGCACCGAAUCGGCGCAGGACGGUUACCUGGACAACCACGAACGCAAGAGCCACACCAACGGCAGCUCGUCGGACAGCAGCCUGACGAAAGGGUCACGGAAUCACGUGCCUGUGCUCAGACCUCGCGAGCCACAGGUUCCGGCAGCUGUGGUACUUUCACCCGAUUCUUCGCGCGAGCUGCAGAAUGAGCAGGUGAAGGCAGGAGCAGUAACAGACGAGCCCAGGACGGAGCCUGUACCCCGUCGCAAACUUUCCUCUAUUGGAAUACAGGUGGACAGCAUCCAGGAAAUUCAGAACCGAGUCGAGACGCCACCGCCAUUGGCCAGAUUCCAGUCGAUUGGAGUGCAGGUGGAGGACGGCUGGACACUCAGCCGCUCCAGUAGUAUGGCAUCAAAGCAGGAAACUGACUCAGACACACAAGAUCUCUCUCUUAAUUCUGUCACCAGUGUUACAUCCAACAACACUUCCAGACCCGCUGAGAAGAAAGUCAUGGUCAACAGCGCUAGCCAAUCCGUGGACUUCCACGCUCAAAUCUCUCUUGACAAUGGUAGCCACGACGAUGAUGUUGUGACAACCAGCGGUCCUUCCCGCCAGCUCCUGACUAAUCGCUCGACAACAAGAAGUAGCUCUUCCUCGUUUUCAGAGAGUUUAGACCCCGCCCUCGACCCCUCCUCCCUGCCUCCACCUGACCCCUGGUUGGAGAGUGGCAACGGGACUGGGAACGGAGGCCCCACGCACACGUCUUCAGGUGGCAUGUCGGCAUGCCGGAGAGAUGGCCAUUGGUUCCUGAAGCUGCUGCAGGCGGAGACCGCACGGAUGGAAGGAUGGUGCAAACAGAUGGAAGAGGAGACCAAAGAGCACCAGCUCUCUGAGGAGGUGCUGGGUAAAGUGCGCAGUGCAGUGGGCAGUGCUCAGCUUCUUAUGUCGCAAAAGUUUCAGCAAUUCAGAGGGUUAUGUGAACAAAAUUUGAAUGUGAACGCUAACCCGAGGCCUACAGCUCAGGACUUGGCAGGAUUCUGGGACCUUCUGCAGCUGUCAAUAGAAGAUAUUAGUCUCAAGUUUGAUGAGCUCUACCAACUCAAAGCCAAUGACUGGAAACUGGACCGAGAUUCUCCAGACAAACAGAAAAAUCAGAAGCAGGCUCCACCUGUGCCAAAGAAGCCUGGGAAAAGCAAGGCAGUACUGAGCCGGGAGAAAAGCAGCGAGACGGCGGAUAAACAGAGGCAGGAAGCCCGCAAGAGACUGAUGGCAGCCAAGAGAGCACAGUCGGUCAAACAGAACUCGGCCACUGAGAGCUCAGACAACAUCGAGAUCUACGUCCCUGAAGCCCAGACACGCCUCUGAGAGAGAUAGAAAAAUGAAGAAACAGGCCCACAGCUCACCCAUGUGGGGAGGGGAAGAAUGAAGGGGAAAGAGAAGACGAGUGAGAAGACAUUCGAGUGCUUCACCGAUCUGCUCUAAUAUCAAAUGCAAAUUGCUCUUUAUUUUGGUGGCAGCCUAAAAUCGAGAAAGGUAAAUAUGGGAAAUGUGGACAGGCCACACAAAGAGCUUCUCUUUUCAGAGACUGCCAAGGAAAACCUCACAAAGACAUUAUUAUUAUUAUUAUUAUUAUUAUUAUUAUUAUUACUGAUAAUUAUAUCACCUAAAGUCUAUAUCAGACUGUUUUAAAUGUUCUAUUAUCUUGGAUAAGAGAUUUAAUCUAUGUGGACUAAGGUAGCCACACUUGGAUUUUUUUUGCCUUUCAUCACCCCAUCCAGUAGAAAAUCCUCCUCUGAAGUUUCCAUACAUGUACUUGCUAGGAGGAUGCCUUCUUACGUGUGCCCUCUCUGAAAUACUCGUCUUCCUGUUUACUAAUUUGGUCGAUUGAUUUCAGCCUCUAGUGCAAGCUGUAGAAAUUGUUUCUUUGCGAUAAACAGUAACAGAUAAACAAAAGCCUGUUAGAGUGGAAAAGAGCGGUGUAGGCCACUUUGUUAUUUCACCCAGCUGGUUUUCACUCCUGCUUUGACUUUCCCUUCAUAGUAAACUUUCAUACCAUUUUAUCGGGUGCUUGAAUAAUGUUAAUGCACACUGCACUCCGUUUUAAAGGAGCAAUAAGUUCGAUUCUCUCUCUUUAAAAAUAUGUAAUUAAAAUGUAUAAGCAAAAUAAAAAUCACUAAUUAGUAUUAAAUGUAGGAGGUGGAUUUGGAAGAAAGUAUUGCCUAGUGUAAAAUCUUGUAAAAUCGUGAUCAUGUAACUCACAGUGAUCCAAUGAUGUGUGACUGAACCACAGCAGGUAAAAUACCACUUAUUGUCCCUUUAAUAACCCCCCACCCCCCAAUUUGCAUUUUGCUACAGAAAGUAAUGAGAGACGGCAUGUUUACAUGUUUUAAACCUACAAGUCUCUUGCUUUGCAGUUAGAAAUGUCACUUUGGUCACUUUGUCAUACUGAAGGUAGCUCAGUUCUUUCAGGAAUGUAGUGCUCUCAUUAUAGCUCACAGGUAGGGCCUCGUCAUCACACAUCAAUAACCCAUUGCCAAAUUUAGUAUUUUUUUUAUUAUAUGAAGAUAUCUGACAUGCGUGAUUAAUGAAAUCAAUCUAAAAUGCUGACCGUCAUUUUAUUUCAACAUAUUUAGUCAUUCUGGAGCUGUAUAACAUUACAGUUCAGGUAGACUAUGCAGUGACAGCACCUCUCUGUGGUUAUUUGGGUCCUAUGUCCUGUGAGCUGUCCUGAGAAAGUGAAGGCAUUUAUUCUGCAUCUCACAAUCUGUUUUGGUUUGUUUUUUUGUUUUGUUUUUUUAAAUUCUCCUUCAUUUACUUUAUCUUGUUAUUUAUCCUCAUUGAAGUUACCUGUCUGUUUAAAGAAGAAUCAUUAAAUUCUGUUAUUUUAUAUGGAUUUGUUAGGUGUCAUUUCAGACUUUUUACUGGUCUAUCUAAUGAGGACAGGAUUUCAAAGAGGUGCUUUUCAUUGAACUUAUCUCAUUUGUACCAGACUAGUGUUAUAACAAAACUCUACUUGCGAGCUGCAUUCAGUUUCUUCAGUACUGGGUAAUUUAUCCAUGUUGUUUUACAGGCAGUUAAUUGUGACUCUUUAGUUAUUAGUCUAGCACUGUUGUGCUUAAAGCACACUGACAUUCCUAAGGAGUAAUGCGAGUUCAUUUGGGUCAUGGGCAACAGGAAGCUGAUAACACUUUUGUAACAAAAUAGCUUCAGGCUUUAACACACGGUGGGACAUGCUUUAUUUUUUUGUCAUGAAUUUAAAGGACUAAAAGCAAAUGAAAUUUACAUCCACACAUGCUCGAACUAGAUAUGAAUCCUAAGCAAUGCAAGAAGAAUUCUUUUCUUUGACACCCUCCAUUUAAAAAGGGACAUAUGUGCAUGACAUAUGUGCAUUUUAACUAGAAAAGGCCCAUCCAUUGACCCACCUGCUUUCUUUAAACAGACCCACACACACAAACACUCUGUACGGUGAAAUGGUUGAGUGAUUGGCUCCCUUUGUCUGCAGUGUUGUGUGUUAGCCAAGCCAGUGAUGGCUCCCUUUGCUUUUUGCAGUAAUGGUGUGAAUGGGAUCUCCUCUCUCCCUCUCUCCGCCGCUUCUCUCCAUUUGGCUCGGGGGUGAGUCGUUAACGCCUGUGGCUUUGUGUGCUGAUGGCCUACAGCUUAUCCCUCCACAGGGUUUAAAGACAUGUCAGACAAAUCCCUGCAGAACUACUUCUUCAACAGCCCCACUUCUAAAUCAGGUGAAUUGGGGUUUCAAGUUGGUCAGUGAAGUAUGCUUAUUCUGUGUCUGAAAUCAGCUAAAUAGAGUCGUGCUCUCUGCAGGUUAGAACAAAUCGUGUUGGAAACGAGUCAUUUGUAUGAAUCAUCGUUGCUUUUCUGCUGUCUUCUUAUUACACAAUGGAAAAGACAGCUGGUUGUUAGGUUGUAAUUCUCAAAAUGAAUUCUAGUCCAGAAAAGGUUAUAAUAAGGGGCAUUCAGUGUAAACAUGAGUCAUGGCCAGUAUAUAGAAUCAUCAGCACUGGUUUAAGCACAGUAGGUGUGUCUGAGCUUGUUACAUGAAUUCAGAAAAUUUCACACAGCUGGGGCGGAGUUAAACGUUUAUAAAAAACGCAUACCCAGAAAUUAGAUAUUGGACAACUAUAAGAUUCUUGAUUAAAAAAAAUGAAGCAACAUGAAUCACAUCUAUAAGGCUUUUAAAUACAUUAGAGUCUGUCACACUGCAGCUAGGAGGAGGAAGACAAUGUAAACAUAAAGAGACAGGAGUAAACAUAAACAGUUUCCUUGAAGGUCUCCGAUUUCCCUCUUUAUCUUGCAGAUCCAUGUUUUCCUCAUGUUCACUACAUUUCAGUCUGUUCUAAUAACAUUUUUGUGCUUAUUGAAUUUGUCUUUGUUCAUUGAAUGUAUUUAAGUUUCCAGCUUUGAAAAAUUCUUUUCUCUGUCCUUUCUCACAUGAAGUAGAAAUGUUCUUAGAUCUUGCAUCUGUUCCUUGUUUUCAUGUACUCCAGUCUGACUGUAUUUUCCUUUGCAAGUCUGUUUUCCUGAUCAUGUAUGCGGGCUUCUCGUAGGAUUACAGUGGCCCAAUACACUCCAUGUCUUCAGUGAUGCUGGGUGUGUUUAAAAACUGGGAAACGGCAGUUGGACAGCAGAAAAACCCCACAUGUGGAAUUGCGGGACAAUAUCUUGAAACAACUUUCAAAUGAGAGACACUCUAGAGGGACCUCCGGUUUCUGCCCUGCACACGCUGCAUAGGUUCUAAAGUUUUUAAUAUACCUCUUAAGUAACUGACGUGCAGCACAAUUUUCGUAGGCUACAGCCAAGCUGGGUUAAGGAGAACCCAAAUGGUGACCCUGUACUGACCUGCAACCUGCACUCGGCCAUAAGUGUACACUUCUACCUGGUUUUUAAAAGCCUAACCUGCAAAAAAAAAAAAAAAAAAAAAAAAGGAGGAAAAGAACUAGGCUUGCUC